UAUUGAGUCGAACAAAGUCCUGCCCAGGACGGCUUUACAAGUACCGCGAGAAUGAGAAGGAACGCAACGAACUACGCGCGCGUUGUGUGUCGAACGGCUACGAUGAUUUUUUUGGUGACUCAGCGUUUUACAUUCCACCAACUGAUGAGGAUGAAGUUCCCGAUCGUCAAGACCAGCAAAACUGUAGCUCGUCUGUUGCUGCUUGUCCAAAUGUUGUCGACAACGGCCUGCAUUUGGCAUCGCCAGCUGAGGAAAACAUAAGCACAGGUCAGCUCACACAUCCGAUCACGGGGCCUCUUUACGCCCUAGGCUUGGUGCCACGAGCGCGAUCUUCGGAAGAAGGCGGACACCAAUAUGGACACAAAUUUUCUGAGAUUCAAAUCCAAGAGAAGCGCUACCUGGUUGUGCGGUCUCAACCUGUUUUGCUCUCUGCAGACCAAUUUUGGAAUGGUGUGGUCAUCAAGGUCAUCGAGGACACUGAGUGCGAACGUUCGCCUGGAUUGCGGCUGAGACCAAAUGGUAAAUCUAUACUGUACAUAUAUGCUGCUUGUUACUAGCUGGAUUUGUAAACGUAGUUGUGGAAGAAGCAGCAGAUUCUCACUCAACACAAGCGUGAACUUCGGUUCUUUAUGCUUUAUAUUAACUGAAGCGAAUUUUCCUACAGUAACACUUCUGACUUCAUCAGGCUUCCUGCUCUUCCGAAAGCCGUUACCUCACGGACUUUUCGAAGCGAAUGAGCGGUCUGGCGGCACCACACGUGACAUGUUCUUAAACCAAGUAGCUCUCGAGGCGCGCCGGAGCUCAGAUUUCUUCAAUAAUUUGAUUCAAGCAUGGGAACGAAAGCACGUCUGUGGAGCACCGGUCUAUCGCGAAGUACACUUUCGAUCGUGGGAGAAACGAGAACGGGCGAAGCAAGUCUUGCACCAUCGAGCGUGCCGUCCCCUCGAGAUUUUGGGUUAUUGGAAGAAGCCCUACUUUUGGCGAGGCGCUUGUAUGGCAUGGAAAUAUUUCUUACUGUUUACAAGUUAAUAAGAAUCAGUCAUGCCGUUUUCUAAGGCUUUGAUAAGAAUAAUGUACGAGGCCGCAGGCAAGGCAUGCCCUACAUAAUAUGUGUCAUCAGAGCAAUCUCGUCACAGACGGAUAUAAAAUAGGCAGCCUCCUCCUACUCUAGUGAUAUGGUUUUUUGUGAUCCUCCUACUCCAGUGAUUGGGCUUCUUUGAUCCUCCUACUCCAUUUCUCUAAGCAUAUCGUUGCGGUUUUUGUUGAGGACGGGAGAUAUUGCAAAAUGCUACGAAUCGGCGAAAUGCCACGAAUCGACGGAAAGGGUGCUACACGAAGAGAAUCUUCAUGGCGACUGUCCCAUUGCUCUCAGUAUCCACAGCGGGGCUUAUACGUCUUGGGGUUGGAAAGUACUCAUACAAUCAUAGUGCGCCAAUGUAUGACUGGAAUUUAUGUCGAAUGUAACGACCGACAUAAUAAUCAUCGUAACGACCGACCUAAUCAUAGUACUGUUGAGACUGCUUCAAAUACUGACUGGCACAGCUAGCCCUUCCCAUCUUUGGAUCAACAGACUACUUUUACGAUUUCCAAAAUAAUACUCACACAUCAGAAUCGUCGAGUCAUCCGACGAAACUCACGCCAAAGAGGGAGAAGAGCGUGCAGGCGUAG